AGGUUGACCAUGUAUAAGUGUUGUAUAUUGACAGGGAACUGAUUGUCGAAGAACGAGAUGGCGGGCGAUGAACUCCAUCAGGCCGAUGGCGUGGGCCAGCGGUCGGUUACGUUCGGUCAACUGGUUGCUCUACAGGAUGGGCGCGCGGUGACGCGAUCCAACAUCCCAAAGGUUCAGAUCUUCCACUUCAAAGGAGAUAAGGUGUCAGAGUGGCUUGAGUUGCUCGAGCAAAUUACUGACGAUAUGACGGAAGAAGAAAAAUUUCGCCAAAUCUCUAAGUACGUCUGGUGGGAGAUGCGGUCGGAAGUUAUGCGGGUAGCAACUGAGGCCGCAGGAAAAUGGGGGAACUUUAAGGCAGAAAUGCAAAGACGGUACCAGUUGGGAGAUAGCCUCCUUACGACGGAGGACUUGGAAAGGUUAGAGAGGUCGGAUUUCACGACGGUAGGCGCCUUCGCGACAGCGUUCGAGAAGAUGGCAAGGAAGGUGCCAGGGUUGGCCGAAGAGUCCCAAUGCGCUAUCUUCUUGAGCAACUUCACAGAGUGUGAAAGCGUUUCCCUGACAAGAAGAGGGACCAUAGGGAGGAAGUUGACUUGGGAGACAGUAAAGCAAAGCUUGGCGGAUGGAGAGUUGGACCAGGUAUACCAGUUUCAGAUGAAACAACAACGGCAGAAGCGAAUGGCUCGAGUUGUCAGUGAAGGAGCAGUGACUCGGCCUCAAGCAAAAGCUGCAAAGAAGGUGGUUGAGCAGGUGGAAGACGAUGAUGACGAUGAAGAGGAAGAACCGGUAAAGCUAACGAAAAGUCAGAGGAAGGCGCGGAACCAGGCCGCAGGUGGCAAACGUUCUGGGAAGAAUGCAGGAGUACAGGUCGCUGCGGCGGCCCAAGUAAACGCAAAUCAGGCGAGUACAAGUGGCGCACCACCACAAGGACCAGCGCAGCUUGGACCCUGGCCAGGGGCCAUUCCUCCUGUUUGGCCGGGGUAUAGUCCAUAUGGCCCAUGGCCGUUUUACAACCAAGCAGGGCCGCCUGCGGGAGGACCGACUGCGAAUGCUGCAGGAGGGUACCCCAGUGUCCCAACUCAAGGAGUGAACUGGCAAGGGGGGGCCCAACAGCAGCAGCCGACACCUCCGCCACAAGUCAACCAACCCAGUCAAGCAGCGGGUCAAGGACAAGGUCAUAACCAGGGAGGUAACGGGCAGAGCAAUCAGGGUCGAGGCAAUGGAGGCCGCGGACGGGGUAACGAUAAUGGUGGACAAAGCGGUCAAGGAGGCGGACGUGGAGUCAAUUGGAAUGGGCAAGGCGGGAAUGAUAGGCCAAGGUUCGAUUGGAGAAAUGUCAUUUGCCAUCAUUGCGCACUAAAAGGGCAUACCUUCAGGUUUUGCCAAAUUCGGAAAGUAGAUGAGGGAAAUGGCCUUAUCUCGACGAACAUGGACGGAGAUGUCUAUGAUAUGCAUGAGAAAUAUAUUGACGCUAAGAUUGCAGGUGGUAUGCGCAAGGAGGCGCUUCAACGAGCCGAACUAGGUCUGCCACCACCGACCAUGUUCCGACUCUGGCAAGAGGAAGAUGUCAGGAUGGCGAGCGUGCGACUAGGAGGUCUCAUCCCUGCCGAGGCUCAUUGGGCGGUUCCUGGGACGAAAAUGGAUUGGAAAUCGGUCGGGACUGGGAGUGUGAACCUGAGUAUAAAGGGUAAGCCGUGUAGCGGAAUGCUGGAUACAGGAGCGGAGAUGAAUAUCAUCAAGGAAUCUGACGCACUCCGCUUGGGGAUGGACAUCGAUCGAAUGGACUCAGGAUUCCUCUAUGGCACAAGUGGGAAGACUCCUUUUACUGGGACGACAUCGAAUGUGGUGAUUGAAAUCGGGAAAGUGAAGGUGCGAUCCUGCUUCUUCGUUAUGCCCGAUUUGGACCAUCCUCUCCUGCUGGGAAGGUCAUUCCUUUACCGCACUGAAUCAAUGAUACUUAGCAAGCAUGACGACACAAUGUACGUCAUCCUAAGUGAUCCAGUUUGCGGCAACUAUGAGAUUAUCGCCUGUCACAAUACAGGACCCUGUAGCUUGAAGAAUAGGCCGAACCCAGGUUCCUGUACCUUUGAGGAAUCUGAAGGGGAGAGGAGGAGAUUAAUGGGUGAAGACGAAGAGGAAUGUGAGCCUACUAGCGAGAUGUGCUUAAGCCUAACCAGCAUCAACGAUGCUAUGGAGAUAGUGUCGUCAUAUGGGAUGACGGAUCCCAUUGCCGUAGAGGCUUUGAGAGAAAGAAUAGUGGAAGAUUCCGGCGAGGGAGAAGUGGAGCUCGUAUAUCGAUUACCGGCAAGGACAAAGACGGAUGCAGGGCCUACAGCUCUGGGCGGCAUUCUGAUCCAAGUUGAUGCAAAUGGCGAGGAGAGGCUUUUGAGGUUCGAGAGUCGAACCUUGAAUGGCACUGAGAGAAACUACUCACAGUUCAAGCGGGAGACACUCGCAGUUCUCCACUGUCUAAGGGUGUUCCGCAACUACCUUUUCGGAAGGAGGUUUGUGCUGAGAGUCGAUCCGACCACAUUGGUCAGUUCAUUAAAGAACUACGCACCGUCAGACCCAACUAUUGCCAGAUGGCUCACGUAUGUGUGGAUGUUUGACUUUGAGUUGGAACGCAUACCUGGGAAUAAGAACCGGGCUAACGGACUUAGUCGGAUCAAUUGGGAUAAGUUCUGCGAUGGAGUUAAUGAGGAUAUACCUCCGGUGGAUGCAUUCCUUGAUGAGGAGGAGGACGUGAAACUCCAUAUCAAUGCACAUGUCAUUGGGAUCAGUGGAGUCAUUGUGCAAGGACAAUCUACUUUUCUUGCUCCUGCAGGGUACGUGAACCGAGCAGAUAUAGUCCUCAAUAACUUCGUGGAAGAGAAUCCUUGGGGAGGGAAGAAUGUUGAGUGGAUGGCUAAGUUGGCAUUGGCAGAGACCUUCCGAGUAGGAGAAGAUCCGAUGGCCAUAGAAAGUGGCGCUUACUCAGUCGACGCUCAAGCAAGGUAUAUGGCAGAUGUCAGUUUCCUCGUCAACUCAAUUGUCCAAGUGCACGAGGAUGGAGAAGGGAGUCAAGACCCUGUUAGAGAUAUGGAAGAAGACGAGUUUGAGGAAAGAGAGAUAACGGAGGCUUUUCGCGCAGAUGAGUACGAAGGCGUCUACCGUGAACUAGUGCCACCGCCAGAGACAUGUCCGGCUGAGAUAGGGAUUAGAGACCGUGGUGCGCCUGAGACAGAUCGGACUACUCCACCUACACCCAUACGGGAUGGGGAGGAGGCUUCCCUGCAGCUUGUGUUGACAAUUGCUUCGGUCCGGCCUACAGAGACAGAUACCAUGGAGGGAGUGGUUCCCGAUACUGCAUCGGAGAGACCUUAUCGAUGGAGAGACACACGGGACAUGGCACUAUAUCUCCCACAAAGGGAGCUACCGCUUAUGAUAGGGCCUGCCACUAUAGGACCGAUGCAGGAGCACGAGGAGCCUCAGCCUGAGUGGCCGCGAGAGACGACGCCGAUGCAUGAUGAGCUCUAUCGCCUGAGGGUCCAGUCUCGGUCAGAGCCGGCAGUGGAGGAUGAUCAGAGAGGUGCAAUGAGACCCUCAUCAUUGGACGGAUCGUCGUUACUGAGUAAGAGUCAAUUGGCUGAGCAGCCAACUGAGCCUGAGGGUUCAUUGACUGCCCAACUAUAUGACAUGGAGUCUCCUAGGAGGCAAAUGCGACAGGAGGUAUCCCAGCCCUCGCCCAUGGACAUGGAGACAGAGCGAGUUGAGGCCGAGGUUUUGGGGCUAGAUAGAGAGGGUCUCACGGAGGGCAUGGAGACCCAGCGAGUGGAGACGUCACCACUAGACUUUGGGGAUAUUCCACGACGAGAUGGUGAUCAGGCUAAGGCCAGUAUGAGGGAGCACAUUGAGGCAGGCACGGAGCAUACCCAGGACGCAUCUCCGACUCAUGAGGAGGAGAGCUUGCCGGAGUCUCGGGGGCCAAUAGGUCACGAGCCUACCGAGGUUGCACGAGGAGAGGAGCUUCAGGGUGCAGUACAGAGGAUCGGUGCUCUGGAGCGGGAGAACAGAGAACUGAGGGACACGGUAAGGGAUCUUGUCACCGGCGCCGAGCAUGCAAGACAGUCCACCUCGAGGCUCGAGCAGAGGAUUACUGACCUAGAGGAGAGUCCGAGGCGUCAGGCCACAACAGAUGUGGUCGAUGGGAGAAAAACUGAGGAGCAGCAGAUUCCUAUUGGACAGGCACAUGUCUCUCAUGAGGUAGAGCCAGGUGGAGUGAGACUGGAUAUCCACGGCGAGACUCGCCGACAUCGGAGCCACUUGGGGCUAUGGGGAUGACAUGUGAGGAGGCAGCAGUCGUCGACAAGCUCAUGCUUGAGCCAGACGAGAUCGAGAGGAGGAGAGAGGCAGAGGCACAAGGUUUGGACUGGGUCCCUCCCUCAGAGUUGGCGGUUCAGAGGGAUGCAUGGCGAGGAUUGGGUGGCAGACAUGACGAGCGAGAGAGAGUUUCAGAGCUACGAGAUGUCAUGCCACAGGAGGACACGAGCGGGUCAGCAACAGUACUGCCGACGACUCUGCCGCUUACACCAGCUC